CGCACAGAACUUGCGGGGGCCGGAUGUCCUCUCUCCCUUCCUCUUGCCCUCGGCCGCCAGGGGCCGCUGCGUCCCGGCUGUGCCCAUCCGCUCAGCCGAGCGCCUGGCGCUGUCCCGAAGGAGGCGGCGGCGCCCACGCCGGGCAAGAGGAGCGGGGAUAGCCCGGGGCGAGGCGGCGGUUGCGGCGGCGGCUGCGCGCUCCCCGGCCUGCCGGCAGGAACCUUGGAAAAAACCCGGCUGAGUUCUGCAGAGCUGGCGGGGCCGGGCCCGGAGCUUCCCCUGUGCCCAGAGCCGGGCCCGCCCUGCGGAUGAUGCCAACCUGACCAGAACCCCGCUGUCCCGGGGCGCAGCAACUUGGUGAAGGGGACGGGGCUCCAGACUAGACAGCACCCAAGCUGGCCGCUCCCUCCCAAAGUCUGUCUUUCGGAGUGUUGGUCCCUGGCUCAGGGACAAGGAAGACUUCAGGCCAGCAGGUCGAACCAGUGGGCACCACCGUGGACCAGGUGGUGUGAGUCUGAGGCCAGCAGAUGAACAGACAGAAACUGAAAGAUCCCCAAAAAGGAUGAGUGAGAGGGCUGCGUGGAACUGGAGCACAGGCGGCUGGCUGCUGGCACUGUGCCUGACCUGGCUGUGGACCCGCCUGACCUUGGCUGCCUUGCAGCCUCCCACUGCUACAGUGCUUGUGCAGCAGGGCACCUGCGAGGUGAUUGCGGCUCACCGCUGCUGCAACCGAAACCGCAUCGAGGAGCGCUCCCAGACGGUGAAAUGCUCCUGUUUUUCUGGCCAGGUGGCCGGCACCACGCGGGCAAAGCCCUCCUGCGUGGACGCCUCCAUCGUCCUGCAGAGAUGGUGGUGUCAGAUGGAGCCCUGCCUGCCUGGGGAGGAGUGUAAGGUGCUCCCGGACCUGUCGGGAUGGAGCUGCAGCAGUGGACACAAAGUCAAAACCACCAAGGUCACACGAUAGCUCUUGGGGGUCAUGGCCUGGACAAGAAAGGCUUGAUUGAGCCAUGGACUGAAGAUUGGUAUCCGGUCAUCAGCCAGGAAAGAUGGGGAUUCACUUACAUGCCUCAUGCCAAAUGCAGCAUCAGUCUUUCCGGGGCACUUCAGUUAAGCCGCUCAGCAGAUAUGGAUGGAUCUGCAACCACAUACCUAGUGUGGAGCUGGGCUUCUCUGGAGACACGAAGGUCAACACACAAUUCCUACCCUUAAGGAAUGUCCGGUUGAAUUGGAGAGUUGAUGACAGACAAUUUAGAUAAUUUAGGUUAAAGUACUUGAUACCAGACCGUGGCUUCCGGGCCACAUGCUAUGGCAUGAUGGGGGUUUGGGAAUGAGAUUCCCAUAGUUUUUCAGAUACCCCAUGGCCACAGGGCAUAGAGACAAGAGAUCGCAUUCAGCACCCACCACCUCCCUCUUUCGCAUCAGUUCUGAAUCCCCAGCAAGCUGCUAACAUGUUGCAGGAAAACACUCUCCCCUUAUCCCAGACCAGCGGUAUCUCAUUUGGAUGGGAUUGGAUUGACUUGGGAAAGGAAAGUAAAAAUAAAGCCAAAUAACUUCCUAGCAAAUCUUUGGCACAGGUAUGGCCUGGUUUGGGCCAUUCAUUGGGUAUGGGAUGGACAGGACUUUAAAAUCACCUCCAUCCAAGCACCUCAGGUUUUUUGUUUGUUUGUUUGCUUAUUUUAACAGAUGAGGAAAGAGCCCCAGAGAGGUGAGGCAGUUCGCCCAAGAUCUCAUAGCCUGGGCUCCCAAACCUCUAAGACUGAUGAUUUUCCACUAGCCUGAAUAAUAGGAUUCCAAGUUAAUUGAGUUAAUUUUAUCUCAAGUUACUGGAACCAGGAAAGUACAGGCUAGACAGCAGCAACAUUUUUCUUGGGAGAUGCUAGAGCAGGGACUUUUACUAAGGUCACUGUUCUCCUGUCUGAAAUAAUCCAGAAUAUCCACACAUAGGGAGGUGGGACCAUCUGGUCUCCACUCUACUCUCAUCCUCCAAAAUUUCAAGCAGGUCUUAUGACACCCAGAGGUCACUCAACCCAGUUACAGCUGGGGCUCAGCUGGCAUCUCCAUUGCCACUCUGACCCAUCUCUUCUGGGGUCUUUGGGCUAUAAUUCUCAAAGACUCUGGCUCCAGGAGAGAUUCUAGGUGGGACAUAGAACUGGUUAGAGUCUUCUCUUUUCAAAGGCCCCUGCCGGGCCGCAGCGGGGGAAGGCUAGAACCUCUGUUUAGAUAGAAUUAAAGGUCAGUGCUGUCAGGCUGACACUCUAAAUGGCUCAGGGAUGAUACACAAGCUUCAGGGCCUCAGAGGCAUGGGCUACUUAGAUAUCUCAUCAGUAAGAGAAUUGCAGCCUCUGAGACUGUGGGCAUUGAGAUCACCAAGGCCCUAGGGAGGGGAGUGUCAGUAGAGACCAACCUGGACAAUGCUGAAUUCUGAGCCUCAGGGAAAAAAAUCAGGUUAUAGUUUGUGGCUGAGUCUCAGCUUCUCCCUUCCUCCCCGCACAGUAGAACCAGGACUGUUAUUCCCCCUUUCUCGCCCUACUCCAGUUUAUUUUCUUGUUUUUGGCAAUGGGGUGAACAAUGGUGCCAGCUUCUUACUAGACUGUAAAUACCAGAAUUCACGACUCAGAAUCUCUGCAGAUGGUGGGCUCAUGGGGUAGGGUAGUCAGGGAGUUGGUCAAAGAUCAUCAUUGCCUCCUUUAAGGCUGGAGGAUGGAGGGUGGGGAUGGAUUAAGGGAUUGGCAAGCUUUUUCUGGAAAAGGCCAGAUAGUAAAUAUUUCAAGCUUUGCAGCUCA